UAAAAAUUAGCUCAGUAAAGUAAUUAUCUUGGUGAGGCUCGGGAGGGACUGGCGCCACUUGUUGACACUUGAACAGCUGUUGGCAGAACUGGGCCCUUAGAGCUGCAGCUAUUGUGUAGUCGUUUACUAUGGACGGCGAUGACGACAGUAGUUUUAUAGAUGAUUUUUUACAAGAAGUAUUUGAACCUGCUGAAGUCAGUAACUUAGCACAAAAUAAGCCAUUUCUGUGUAAUAAACAGAACUACAAUACUCUUCUAGAUUCCACUUCUCCACUGAAGAUGACUUCAAGUACCCCACCAUUAGAAAUUGAUAAUGGUCGCAAAAACAGAUCCCAAAAUGCUGAAAAUCCAAAGGACAAAUCAAACCUGAAGUUUAUAUCAAGGGAAAAUGGAUGUAUGGAAAAAUUUACAUCUAAUGAUAGUUUUGAUUUUGAUGAUGAUUUUCCCUUUGAUAAUUUUGAAAUUGAAGAGACUAAUUAUAAAAAAUCAGUCAUAACGAGCACUCCACCAGAUUCAGAAUUUACCCAAAGCUCAAAUAUCAAAAUGAACAAUCAGGCUGAGAUUAGCAAAGAGUUUAAAGCAAGUAAUUUAGUCAGUAAUGACACUGAAAAAAGGAUUGAUUUUAGGUCUAGAAUUCUCAGAACAUUAAAAGAAAAUAAAAAUUUAACUUCAGUCUCUCAAUACAACUCUCCCUCUUCAAUUUCAUUACAGUCAGUAAAAAGCAACCUUAUUGAAUCCUCUCCAUGUUUGUAUGAAAAUAACAAAAAAAGAGUAUCUCCAGAACUCAGCAACAUAAAUAAAGAAGUCAGUGAUUCAUCAAUUAAGAAACCAUGUAAGCAGAUUCAUAGACCUGAUGAAAUCCAUCCUGCUAACAUCCAUUCCCCUAGAACAACUAACAAUAUUUUAGGCAACAAUAAAAAAGCAAAUUUUCAUCUUAAUGCCAGUAACCAGUGGAAGACAUGUUCACUUCCUCAAGGAAAUAAUCCUCAGUCAGGGCACCAGCAACACUCGUCAAUUUCAAUCACACCAAUAAAGCCACCUCAAGUUAAAGUCCAGAAACUGUCAAACCCUGGGGGCCCUGUCAUUCAGAAGAGAAAAUUUCCAGGACCUGCUGGGAUUUUACCACAAUUGGGUGUGAAUAUUGCUGUUCCUAACAUCCAGCAGUUACAUGAGAAGGAAUCACCUUCAUCUGUUGUUCAGGAUGUAGUGUGCUCCCAGGACUCUGCAGACUACUUUUCUCAGGGACCUUGGCAGCAGAUGAUAAAUGAUUUGGACCUAGAUCUGACUGAAACAGUGUCUCCUUUGAAAGUGUUCAAUAUUAAAUGGGUACUUCGUACAGCUAGCUUGAAAGGUCAGGCAGGAGUGCGCAAAGUCCCAUUUUUAGCUGUAAUAGUGCACAACAUUGAUGUUAAACAUACAGAUGCUACAGCGAUAUUAAAGGAUCCAACAGGAGAAAUGAAUGGGACAAUUGCAAGUUCAGUAAUGGAUGAAUAUGGUCCAUUGUUGCAACCUGGAUCUCUGCUACUUCUCAGAGGUGUGACUGUGCUUUCACCAGUUGGUAUGAGACCAGCUACUGGAUUGAGGGAACACGCUCGACGACACUACCUCAACAUAACUCUUAACACUGUGCUCACAAUUUACACUCCCGAUGAGUUUGGACAUGCCAAUAUAACAUCUAUUGGAAGAGUUGAUAAAAGGGAAUUGUGUAGAGAAGCAGCUGCCCCAAAGAUUGCUGGUGGGUCUCGAGCUAUUGUUGAAGAAGAGGAAGAGGAAACGCUCAAAGACGAUUCUUUACAACAUCGAUCCCUCUUCUCCAAUGUGACUAGCUGCCAUGGUCGGUUAGAUCAAUCAACUUCCUUUGUGCAAAUUCCUAAUUAUAGAUCCCCAAAAUUUGAACUGAAUCCCAACUUACAGAUUAACCUUCCUCAGCCUCAGAGAUCAAAUCAACAGUACUCACCAGUUAAUAUCCCUCGCUUUACAGGGCAUGCUAGUUGUAGUAGGCCUAGGCUGCCAUCUUCAGUCCAAAAUGGAAAAAUCAUGAGUCCCAGGAUACAGUCUUCAGUACCACAUUUACAAUCUAAUAUCCAACCUUCACCCAUCCAGCCAAAAGUGCCAGUCAUUUAUAAAGGACCUACAAUAAGACAUCCAUCAUUGCCCAUUAGUAAUGCAUAUGAUGAAGGAACUAACAAAACAUCAAAUUGUAACAAAUUUUCCAGUCAAGAUGAAGAGAAAGAAGUCAAUGAUUUAUUGGAAGGAGUUGACACAGAUUCAUUAUUUGGGGAUUUUUAGUUAAAUAUUUGUGACUUUCAAAAUUAAAAACUUUGUAAAUAAUACAGUGUACAUAGCCUUUAAUAAAUUGAGAUUGUUAAGACAUUGUUAAAAUCAUAUUUUUUUUUUCCUAAUUUGUACAUAUAGAAAUACGUACUCUAGGUCAAAAUGUAAACAGUAUACAAAUUUCUACUCAGAUGUAAAUUUCAAAUAAAGGAUUAUACUUUUGUUGUUACAUUCA